ACUGUCCACGUAUUCUGUGUGACAGUCGGUUACAUACGGGCUAUGAUGGCUGCGGUCGAGGUGGCAGGCAUAAAUCCGUUGUUGCGGCUGCUUCACAAAACCCAAACAAACUGAUUACACGGGAUAUAACACUUCGAUGAAAGAAACGAUUAAAUAUUUAGCAAUACAGAGUAAUCCUGGGGUUCAGUUUGAUUGUGGGCAAAGGAUUUCUGAGGCGAACGUCUGCGAUAUUUCGCCGGAGUAGUUCAGCUUAAACGGAAAACUAUGUAGUUGGUAAGUUAGCCUGCUAACUAAAACGCUGACGGGUUAUCGGUGGGUCACGGGGUUGGUGUCAAAGCUGACGCUUCGAAAGCUGGAUGUUUUACAAGAUAAUUUAAAUAAAAGCUACGUCGGUGUAAGAAUAGUAAUUCUUAGCUAGUUUUUUCGAAAGCUGCCGAUUUAAGGUAUUACUUCUUAGCCCUGGAAAGAUGUCAUCGUGGCUCGGGGGACUGGGUUCCGGGCUUGGCCAGUCGCUUGGUCAGGUUGGGGGAAACUUGUCCUCAUUCACCGAACAGAUUUCCAACUUCACCAAAGACAUCCUGCUAGAAGGAGCCGAGGAAGUAGGAGAUACUGCCACUGAACUGAAGGUGUCUAAUUCAAGACUGACUGACCUGGAGGUUGCAUACGCUACUCAGAAGUCUGAGUAUGAACGACUGAAAAAGAUCCAUGCAGAGCUGGAAGAGAAGCAUGAGGCAUCAGAGAUCCAGAUCAAACAGCAGUCCAUGGAGUAUAGAAACCUUUUGCAGCAAAAAGAGGUCGAGAUCAAUCACUUGAAAGCACGUCAGAGUGGAUUACAAGAGGAGAUGCAGAAGCUGCGACAGUCUGCUAAAUCAUCUUUCGAACCUGCCGUACUGCCCGUGAGCACUGCUUCCUCCUUCCUGCCUGACGCUGCAGGACCCCAUCGAGCUUUUCAGGGAGAUGAGAUGGAUAUCGGUGACGUCAUCUGGUCACAGCAGGAGAUCAACCGGUUGUCCAGUGAAGUGUCUCGGCUAAAGGCUGAAGUGUCUCAUUGGAAAGAACUGGUACAGGCCUCUAAACCUCCUGGAACAUCCAGCUCCAACAUUGACCAGGGAGACAUAGUAAAACUUCAGAAAACCAUCAAGGAGUUACGAGAGACUAUGGGACGUGAAAUGGAUGAACACCAACAUGAACUGGCUGCAAUGCAAGAUGCCCAUCGUCAGAAGAUGGCCGAGAUCACCCGCCGUCACCGGGAAGAGCUGGCUGAGUAUGAAGAGCGGAUUGAGGAGCUUGAGCAAAUCCAAAGUGGUGCUCCAGGCUCAUCACAAGAAUCAUCCAAAGUUGCAGAACUGCAGACCAAGAUUGCUAUCCUGCAGGAUGGAGCAGCACAUCAGGGCAAGAAGUUACAGGAGCUGAGUGACAGCUUGGUAGAAGCGAGAGGAAUGCAGACCUUGCUACAGCGAGAGAAGGACGAGGCUCAGGCAGAGAAUGGCCAACUGAUGCAAAAUUAUGCGCGGCUACAGAGCUCAGUAGAGGAGCUCCAGACACGAGUGCAAGAACAGGAGGGGAAAACCCUGCACAAAGCACAGCUGGAAAAUGAGAUUCAGAUGUUGAAAAAGGCUCUUGCAGGAGCAGAAAAGGAGAUCUCAAGGUUAAAGUGUCUUAAUGAGAAUGAACCCGAAGUGGAACAUGCUGAUAUCUUAGAGCUCAACACAAUAAUUGAAACGUUGACGAGAGAAAAAGCUGAGGUUGAAAAAGAAAGGAUGGAUCUAUUGCAGAAAUUGAAGAAUAUGGAAGAAAUUACAGAGAGAGGCAGGGACCAAAUCCCUGACGUUUCUCCGGGUAUGGUAGCUGAGUUGAGGUCAGAGCUAGAGGAAAGCCAACGAGCCCUUAAGGCAGCCCUCUUGGACCGUGACACAAUCAGUGCUGAGGUGGAGGAAUUGGACCAUCAGAAUCAAGAGGCUACACAGCAUUUGAUCUCCCUAAAAAAUCAGCUAUCUGAACUGCAUAAGGAAGCAGAUGCUUCAGUAAGUCGUCUGCAGUUGGAGCUGGAAACCAUGCGAGAGCGGGAGCAGAUGUUGCAGAAGGAGCUAUAUAAUCAGAAGGAGAAACUUAGCCAGAGUGCCUUUGCCCUUAAUGACAUGCACAUGAGAAGACAGCAACUGGAAGGGACAGUGAAGGAGCUACAGGAAAAACUGGGACAGGCACAGCAGCGCAGUGUCGAUACACACAGUGAACUCUCUGUGCUGAAGAAACAGCUCCAAGUGAGGGAGCAAGAACUGUCCACUGUCAAACUGGAGCUGGCCCAGACUGGGAAUACAGCCAGUGAGGUUGAGGGUCACAAAGAGGAGCUAGAUGCCGCGCAAAAGGAAGUGGAUGACCUUAAGAGAGAACUACAAGAAGUGAGGAGAUCGCAUGAGGCGGCGCUGUCUAAGGACUAUGAGAUUAGAAUGGAGAAUCAGAAGCUAAAGGCAGAGGCUAAGGAAGUCGCCAUGAGAUUAGAGGACUUGAGCAAGGAGAUCCAGGAUGGGAAAACAACAUUAAACAGGGUUGUUCUGGAAAAGGACACUUGCAUAAAUGCACUGAAGCUUGAGAAGGAUGAAUUGGAGAGUGAACUGAGUCAAGUAGAGAAAAAAAUAGUGGAACAGGCCCAUCAUUAUCAGCGGACCAUUGAGGAGUUGACAAGUGCCCAGUCGAUGGAUGCCUCUGCCCUGCAGACAGAACAUGAGCGUGCAGUGAAACUAAACCGCGAGAAAGAUUUUGAGAUUGCAGAGCUGAAGAGAAAGAUCGAGCAGAUGUCAGCUGACCAUCGAGAGACCAACGAAAUGUUGUCCACGACUGUGUCAGGACAGAAACAACUAACAGAAUUGUUGAAAGAAAAGGAUAUAUUUGUGGAGACACUAAAGGCAAAGGUUACACAGGUCCAGAUGGAGCUGGACCGGAACCUCCAAACAGCUAAAGGAGGGGAUGCUCUGAGACGCAUGCUAGAAGAAAAGGAAAAACAUUUGGGGGUGAUGAAGGAGGAGAACAGUCACCUAAAGGAAGAGAUAGACCGACUACGAGACCAGCAGAGCAGGCCGCAUGCCUUGGCUGAACCCAAGACUCUUGACAUAAUCACUGAACUAGAGACAGAGAUUACUCAGCUGAAGGUGACAAGAGAUGGUUUGGAAGUGGAAUUGUCAAGCCUGAGGAAAACAGCGGAAGAGCAACGAGUGAGCCUUCUGCAUUCCCAGCAGUCUCUUCAAGCACAACAGAAUGAACUGGAACAGGCGCGGUUGCGCCACGAGCAGAGUUUGCUCAAUUAUGAGAAACUGAUUCAAGCCAAAGAUGAAGAAAUUACCCGAAUGCAGGAGGUUGUUGACCAGAUAAGUGCACAAAGGGUAAAUGUGGAGACUCCAUCCUCACAGGAUCUACCACCAGCCAUGGUAAUUCUGCAAGAAGAUAAGACCCAGUCCCUAAAUGGUGAGAAUGGCAAUGAAAAACAAGACCUGUCCAAGGUUGAAAUUGAGAAGUUGGUAAGGGGCAUUAAAGAGAAGGAGACGGAGAUCAGUCUUCUGAAUGAGAAGAAUCUGUCUUUAGCUAAGCAGCUAGACCAGUUGGUAGUCUCUCAGGAUGAGGUUGGCAAACUCUCUCAGAUGGUAUUACAGAAAGAUUUGGAGAUCCAAGCCCUACAUGCAAGGGUGUCAGCAGUUGGCUAUAGCCAGGACAUGUUGUUACUUCAGCAGCAGCUACAAGCAUAUGCUGUGGAGCGUGAGCAGGUAUUAGCUGUGCUUAAUGAGAAGACUCGUGAGAACAGUCAACUGCGUUCUGAAUAUCACCGCCUUAUGGACAUCGUGGCGGGCAAAGAAGCUAUGCUGCUUAAACUUCAACAGGAGAAUCAGCGUUUAUCCAUUGCAAGUGACCCAACAGGGAGCCAGGAGAUGUUUCGUGAGACCAUUCAGAAUCUUUCUCGCAUAAUCCGGGAGAAGGACAUCGAAAUUGAUGCUCUGACCCAGAAAUGCCAGACUCUGGUGACUGUUUUGCAGACAUCAGGUGGAGAUUCUAGUGGUGGUGCUGGGGGAGGAGUAAGUAGUAAUCAGUUUGAGGAACUUCUGCAGGAGAGAGACACUCUAAAGCAGCAAGUGAAGAAGAUGGAAGAGUGGAAGCAGCAGGUGAUUACCACUGUGAAGAACAUGCAGCAUGAGUCGGCACAACUGCAAGAGGAGCUCAUCAAACUGCAGGGUCAGAUUUCUGCUGAUAGUGACUGUAGUUCUAAGCUGUCUGUUGACUAUGCUCGACUGAUCCAAAGCUAUGAAAUGAAGGAGAGAAAGCUAGGUAGCCUGAGCCAAGAACUUGCACAGGUUCAGCAGACCAUUAGCCAGCUAAGCAGCACCAAGGAUGUCUUGCUUGGGAAACUGGACUCUGUAGUUCCUGAGUCUUUGUCUUUAGUAGAUGAACCUGUAACUACAGUUGAAGUAGUACCUCCCAGCCACCUGAGUUCAGAACAUGAGAGGCGGCUAAACCAUCUGAAGCAGGACUUAGACCAUCUGCAAAGACUGCUUGCAGAAAAGGAUGCAACAAUACGAACCCUGCAGGAAAAUAAUCAGAGUUUGUCUUUGGCUUCAACAUAUGAGCAGAAGGUUCAAGUCAAUGAGAUGCACCAGCUUCGUGAUAAGCUGGAGUCCCUGCAGAAAUCGCUGAAGGAAAAGGACCUACUGAUCAAAGCUAAGGGAGACCAGCUGAGUCAAGUGAGUGACACCCUCAGAAACCGCGAGAAUGACAAUGAGGUGCUGAAACAGGCAGUGACCAACUUGAAGGAACGUACACUUAUCCUGGAGUUGGACAUGCGCAAGCUGAAAGAAGAGAACGAACAGAUAGCAGCACGUUCACGUGAGAAAGAGACCGAGUUUCGUGCUCUGCAGGAGACCAACAUGCAGGUCUCCCUGCUGCUGAAGGAGAAAGAGUUUGAAUCGAGUACAAUGAGAGAGAAGGCUGCAGCUAUGGAGAAGAUGCUGAAGGAAGGAGAGCAGGGCAAGUCAGGAGAGUUGAAUCAGUUGCUCAAUGAGGUGAAAUCAAUGCAGGAGAAGGCUGUAGCCUUCCAGCAGGAGAGAGACCGGGUAAUUCUGGCACUCAAACAGAAGCAAAUGGAAACAUCUGCCCUACAAAAUGAGCUGCAACACAUGCGAGACAAGGAGCAGCGUCUGAAGUUGGAACUAGAGCGACUGCGGAGCCACCUGUUGGAGAUCGAGGACUCUUACACACGGGAGGCCGUAGCUGCUGAGUACCGGGAGUCAGAGCUGCGCAGGAAGGUGGCCCAGCUGGAUGAGCGGCUGAUGACCUCCUCGAAUGCUGUUGAGAGUGCCAGCCAGCAAGCUAGUCUGCAGGUGGAGUCCCUUCAGGAGCAGCUGACUGAAGCUAUGAGGCAAAGGGAUGAGGCUCUGGCUCAGCUGCACAUAUCCCAAGAGCAGCUCAACCAAUAUGCAGUGUCACUCUCUAACCUGCAGAUGGUGCUAGAGCAGUUCCAGCAAGAGGAGAAAGCCUUGUAUUCAGCUGAGCUGGAGAAGCACAAGAAGGAGAAGGCUGAGCUGAGGAGGAAAGUGGAGAUGUUAGAGGACCAAGCUGCAGCACUGCAGGUGAAUCUGGAUGAGGCCACUUCAGCUCUGGACUCAGCCACACGGCUGACUGAUCAGCUGGAUCACAAGGAGGAACAGAUUGAGGAGCUCAGAAAACAAGUGACGGUGAGGCAGGAAAUGCUGGAAGAAUCCCAGAACAAACUGAUGAACCUUCUGAACAGUACUGAAGGCAAAGUGGACAAGCUUCUUAUGAGGAAUCUGUUUGUGGGGUACUUCCACACCCCCAGGAAUAAGCGGUCAGAGGUAUUAAGACUCAUGGGCAACGUGCUGGAACUGGAUCGAGACGAUGUUGAUCAGCUACUAGAAGAGGAGGGAAGACGAGGAGUAACGCGCUGGGUCUCUGGCUGGUUGGGUGGCAGAUCAGCACAGAGCGUUCCCAACACCCCUCAAAGACCUGGCCACGCACAAGUUCUCAACACUUCUUUCUCUGAGAUGUUCCUGAAGUUCCUGGAAGUGGAAUCCAGCCCUGCGCUUCCAGCUCCCAAAUUGCCAGUCUAUGACAUCACACCACUGAGUGUGUCCCCUACUGCUAGCAGUGCCAGUGCAGCACUUUCUGCAAAUAGUGGUUCUGGAUCCAGCAAACGUGCAGGAGAGGGUAAUUCUUUCCUUGCCCCCCGCUCAGCAGCUGUGCCGCUGCUGAAGCCGGGUGGUCCUGCUUUAGGGGGAGGGGGUCAUCUGCUAAUGAAGCCCAUCUCAGAUGCCCUGCCCACUUUCACACCUGUCCCAGUGUCGGCUGAGGCCAGUGCAGGGUCUGUCCUCAAAGACCUGCUUAAACAGUGAAUGAACCCACUUGUGACUAAAAGCACUUUUUUCAGAAGUAAGAAGAGCUGAACACUACAGCCUGGCCAGAUAUGGCUGUGGAGGUCCUUGGGGCUAAGACCAAGUAUCCAACAGCAAAUCAUGAAGACUAACUGUAAAAUAUCAUGAGAUUCAUGCCAUUAUACAAGACAUAUUGUAAUGAGACUUAGCCCAACAUUCUUGGUCUUCUUGCUGGAAAGAGGUGGGCUUUUCUAGUCUCAAGUAUUCUAGUGUCAUCUAAUGGUAGAUCUCACUAAAAAGCACUUUGCACUUGUAGGUACUUGCAUCUGCUUAACAUAUAAAAAUGUAAGAAUAGAAUAUAGUUUUCUACAUUUUAGCAGGGUGCAUACAACUUCCCCCUUGGGCAUAUAUGUGUUCUUUUGGAGUCUGUCUGAUCCAAAGGUCUAUGUCUAAGGUCUAUGUCUAACUCAAGGUAUUGCAGGGUAUUUUUCUGCAACCACACAGCCAUGCAAAAUUGAAAUGACAGAUCUGAAAUGCAUCUACAAUGGAAGUGUGAAACGAUCUGGAUUAAGUCUUCAUAAUCAUCAAGAGUUGUAACAGUAUACAGUAUAC